AUGGAUAGGACAAUGCUGGCACAGCUCUACUGCUUUAAGGAGAUCAAGGAAGUAAAGGAAGAACCUGUAAAACUGAAAGCAAGUCUUUUUUUCCUAGCUCUGUUGGUUGAAGAAAUUGAUAUUGAUGAGUGUGCAGAGGGCAUCAUUGAGUGUCACAACCAUUCACGCUGUGUUAACCUCCCAGGGUGGUACCACUGUGAGUGCAGAAGCGGUUUCCAUGACAAUGGAAGCUAUUCUCCUUCUGGGGAGUCCUGUGUUGAUAUCGAUGAGUGUGCCUUAAAGAUCCACACCUGUUGGAAUGAUUCAGCCUGUGUGAACCUGGCAGGAGGCUUUGACUGCCUUUGUCCAUCGGGGCCAUCUUGCACUGGAGACUGUCCCCAUGAAGGUGGCUUCAAGCGGAAUGGGCAGGUGUGGACCCUGAGAGAGGACAGAGGCUCUGUUUGUUCCUGCAAGGAUGGGAGGAUUUUCUGCCGGAGAACAGCCUGUGACUGCAGGAACCCCAGUGCUGACCUCUUCUGCUGCCCGGAGUGUGACACCCGUGUCACCAGCCAGUGCCUCGAUCAGACUGGGCACAAGCUCUACCGCAGUGGGGACAACUGGACCUACAGCUGCCAGCACUGCCGCUGCCUGGAAGGAGAGGUGGAUUGUUGGCCUCUUCAGUGCCCGACCCUGAGCUGUGAGUACACGGCCAUCUCAGAAGGAGAGUGCUGUCCCCACUGUGUCAGUGACCCCUGUCUGGCUGACAACAUCACCUAUGACAUCAGGAAAACCUGUCCAGACGGCUCUGGGGUCACACGGCUGAGUGGUGCUGUAUGGACAAUGGUGGGAUCUCCUUGUACAACCUGCAAAUGCAAGAAUGGCAAUGUGUGCUGCUCAGUGGAUUUAGAGUGUCUCAACAAUAACUGACCUGGUCAGACUGGACUGAGCCGAGGGAGGAGAGCUGCUGGAGUUAACACCUGAAGGGAAGCUGUGUGCAUUGGCAUUUUAUACAACAGACAAUUACCAAAGUCUCCGAACGAGGAAGAUGUUUGGGAGUUGCCUUUGGGACCUGUCACUCUGCUCAUUCUUGCUAGCCUUGUCCGGGUGACUUCCAGUACAGUGCAUAAUAGAAAUCAAUGGUUGCUACAAGUUUUCAAUGUUGUAAAUCACACACUUUUCCUGUCAAAGAAAUUUGCAAAUAUGUUUAAAUUAUUUCAUGGGUAAACUAAUGCUGU